UCAAUUCCAAUUCAAUUCAACUCUCUCUCUCUCUCUCUCUUCUUUUUUUACUCUCUCUAUAUUUCUUCCAUACCCUCCUCCACCUUCUCCCUCCUAAUUAAAUUAAGCUUUAAAUAGAACCCAUCUUUUCUUCCUUUGAGUCCUCCUAUAUAAAUGGCCUUAGAGGCUCACAACCAACCACCACAACCACUUCAUCAAAAACACCAUCUUGGUAGUGGUGGUCAUGACCAUCACCACCGUGGCUUAGUCGUCAUCGCUGCCACCGCUAGCCUCCACCACCGAGCCACCCCCAUCACCCUUGAUCUUUUCCAUACUAAUAACCCUUCAACAAAUUUAGAAUUACAAGAGCCUUAUUCUCUCCCCCUCAAGUUUGUGCAAAGGAGGUGCUUGGAAGAGACAAAUAUGAGUCGCCGGAACGGACCCAAGCUCGACUUGAAGUUGAAUUUGUCGCCUCCGAGGGCUAACAACCUACGAACGGAAUCACCGACACGAUCGGCGGCGUUGACGUUGUCACCGACGUCACCACCAAGCUCGUGCGUGUCAUCGGAGCUCAACCAAGACGAGGCUAUUCGCUACUCGAAUAGCCCCGAAGCAACUUCCAUGUUGCUGGUGGGUUGUCCUCGGUGCCUCAUGUAUGUCAUGCUCGCCGAGGAGGACCCGAGAUGCCCCAAGUGCAAGAGCUCCGUCUUGCUCGACAUCGUUCAUGAAAACUCUGCCACCACCACCACCACCACCACCACCGUCGCCGCCGCCACCAAGAAGACGAGGAGGAGCUGAAGUAUGCAGCCCCUUUUUUAAAGUUUCUAAUUCUACCAAUACUAGUAGCUAUGUUACCCUCUUUUGUUUUUCCUUGUUUAGCUAUUCUGGGUACAAAAUUUGAUCAUAGAACUUAACAUGCUAUUCUCAUAUCUAGUGGGUUCUAUUAAUUGCGUGCGUUGAUUGUAUUCAGUUCUAUGAUCAGAUUAUGUGUACUAAGAAUUUUUUUUUACUUUUUAAUUUAUCCUUUUAAAGUUAUGCUAUUUGAACUUCAUUUUAACUUAUUACAA